UGGGAUGAACUGAAACCAAAAAAUAGUAGCUUGAUAGUAAACUUUUGUAGCCACACGAAUGUUUCAACGGUGGGGGUUCAAUCUCCACUUUUCCCUGUCGUGUGACCCACUCGAGUUUUGGGUCUGGCUCAUUUUUUGGCUCAUGUCCUAUCAUGAUCUGGAAAAACGGAUGAACAGGGUAGAUUUCUCAAAAACGUCUAAGGUGGACCUCACCUAGCUUCUGACUUCAGGAACUUUGUGCGAUCGGGGUCGCAGGGAAUCCGGGUCCGAGGAACCAAUCUCAUGUAUCUAUAUAUACACGAGCAUGUUCUGCACCCAUACCCAUUGCUCGAAACAAUGUCCGCUCUUCAUUCAUCUGAUCUACAUAGGAUCUUCCUGACCCUUGAUCACGAUGGUGAUGGCCAUGUGGACGUCUGGGAGCUGAGCUGGUUACUCCACAAGGUCGGAGUCUCGACCGGCUUAGAUGAACUUGAAUCGACCAUCGGCCGCACCAGCUUGAACUUGCAACAGUUCAUCUUCUUCUACGAGUCCAUAUCAACACGAGAGAGUUGCAGCAACGACAACAAUGACGAUGAGACCGAUCUCAUCGAGGCGUUCAAGGUGUUCGACCAGAACAAUGAUGGAUUCAUCACGAGCAGUGAGUUGCAGAACGUUCUCGCCAGCCUCGGGCUGUUGGAGGAGACGAGUAGCGAUUGCACGAGGAUGAUCAGCGAGUUCGAUAUGAACUCAGAUGGGCAGCUCGACUUCAAUGAAUUCAAGAACAUGAUGUUACUCACAAUAAGUUGAGAUUCUGAGAAAUGGGUGAUAGAUUUGAAUGUUUAUAAGUGAAUUUGAUUCUUCUUUAAUGGCCUAAUUAACAAUUGAACUCUUGUUAAUGAGUUGUAGAGUUUCUCUUUCCUAGUUGAAGUAGGAUUGAGGCCAUUACAUGACUUUCAAAUCCUCAAGAAGCAUCUAAAUCAUGUGCCAACUUUAAGAAAGUACCUUGAAUUAGCCGGUCUCCGAUGCAUUAUGGGAUUCUGUGGAGAAGCCAUUAUCUAUCUGAAAUGUAUUAUGGAGUUGAUUAACUUCAAUUAGGUGUUUCUCCAUAAUAGAAUAUAAUUCUGUUGUUACCCCA